AUGCGGGAGAGCCCCCGCCGCGCCGUGCCCGUCUACGCCCUCAACUUGCGGGUCUUGUGGCCGCUGGUGACCGCGCUCUGCACCGCGCUCCUCUGUCUCUACCAGGCCCUGCGGGGCGGCGCGGCCGGGGAGGGCGCGGCGGAGGCGGGCUCCGUCCCGCUCCUCAAGGGCUCGGCGCUGCUGCUGCUGGGCUGCCUGCUGGCCCGCUGCUGCGGCGCGGCGGGCGGCGGCCCGAGGCCCGGCGGGGUCCGGGCGGCGGGGCCGGCGGGGUCGCGGCGCAGCGCCCUGGAGAGCUUCUACGCGCGGCAGCUGCGGCUCUCGCCCCAUGUGCUGGGCCACAGCAAGGCGCACGUCGGGCGCGUCGUGGCCGAGCUGGUGCGCGCCGCCAAGGCGCAGGGGCUGCAGCCCGGCCCGCUGGCCCUCAGCCUGCGCGGGGACUUCGUGCGCAUCGGCAGCGCCUACGAGCAGCACAAGGUGCGCAGCCCCGACUGCUUCGACAUCCUGGUGCCCCUGCGGCUGCCGCUCCACCUGGAGCCCCAGCCGCGCUGUGCCGACGGGCUGGGGCCGCGCGGCGCCUUCGUCUGCGGCCUGCGGGCGAGGGCCGGCUGGCCGCGCCGCUGCCGGCCCUUCGCCGAGGGCUUCUGCGUGGAGCUGCAGGGCCGCAGCCACCUCUCCUCGGGGCUGGUGCUGCGCUGGUUCCAGGGCCACCUGCAGCGGUGCCUGGGCGCCGUCCGGUACCGGCUGCAGGAGCGCUGCCGCAUCAGCCUCUCCGCCUGCCCCGGGCGCCCACCCACGCUGCACAUCCUGCCCUGCUCCGACUACGUCUGCUGCCACAUCUCCAUGGCCGUGCGCCUCAUCCCUGCCAUCCCCCUCGGCGACGCGCUCUACCUCACGGCCCUGCCGCCCGAGGGCCCGCAGGCCCCCCCGGCCCCCGAGGCCCUCUGGGGCCUCAAUGCCUCGCGGCAGGAGCAGCGGCUGCUGAGCUGGCUGAAGGAGCAGGCCCCGGCCUCCUCCUGCCACCUCAAGUGCCUGCAGAUCCUCAAGGGCCUGCGGGACCUCCGCGGGCAGGGCCUGGAGGAGCCCUUCUGCUCCCAGUGGGGCCGGGUGCUCUCCUCCUACGUGCUGAAGACGGCCCUCUUCUCUCUGCUGGUGCAGGGGCCCUUGGAGGCCUGGGACGAGCGGUUCCUGGUGGAGCGGCUGGAGGACCUGGUGCUGUACCUCAGGGACUGCCUGCGCAAGCAGGUGCUGAUGCAUUUCUUCCUGGGCAACGCCAGCCUCCCCGAGGCUGUGGCGCUGCCCCGGUUCCUCAAGGAAGCCGCCCCUGUGAACUUGCUGGCCGCUUUUGACGGGCCCACGCUGGACCUGGCUGCCUUCCAGCUGAUCAACACCUGGAUCCAGGCCCCGCACAUCAUCAGGAUGUACAGCAGCCCCCGCUACUUGCGACCGGUGCCCGCCCCGUGCCGGCACGUCGCUGAGGCCCGGCAGGAGCCACCAGGAGAGUGAGCCAGUGGCCGGGUGAGCCGGUGUUGCCCGUGGACCCUGCCGGGGCAGCACGCACUCCCAGCCCGCUGGUCCGUCGAGAGACCGCGUCUGCCUGAGGAAGGUGGGACCUGUUUAAACGUGGUUCUGUGGUUUUGUCCCUGGCCUGAGAAAACUAGGAAACCAGAGGCCAAGACUUAAUGAAAUUGUGAUUCUUGUUUUUUAAUCUCAUUGGUUGUUCAUGGGAAAAUUGUGAAAUUUCUGGGGAAAUGCCUUAGUUGAGAAGCGUUACGUUCAGUCGACUGUUUGCAAACCUAACUUUAACAGGCUCAAAAUGACAUUUCUGGAAAUCCAUGUUAACUUGUUGUCCUAGUGGCAAAAUUGACCUUUUUCUGGGAUUUGCUUUUUAUGAUACAAAAUCCAUUUGGGAUUUAAAAAUCCUGUAAGUGCAAACAACACCCCCCCCCCCAACGUACCAAGAUGCUCUUAAAAUGCAAUGAGCACCAGAGCAUGGGUGUGGAUCACAGUUUGAAAUGCUCAAUGACAUGCUUUAAAUUUCCUGUGUAAUCGAAUACAUUGUGCUGAAGAGAAAUAUCAUGCGUAUAUUAAUGUAAAAUUGAGGGAAGAAGUGAAACCUCUCCGAUAACAGUAUGAAGACUAUAGUUGCACGUUACUGUGUUCAAGUGAAGGAUAUACUGAAGGAUUGAAAUACAGAUAAAAGGAAACAAAUAGCACUUUAUUUUCACAAAGACCUUCUUUUUAGGAUAAUUGGCUGCACUAAAUAUUGCUAAGGAGGAGGCAUUAGUAUUUUGUUAAAAGAAUGAUGUUUGAAUCAUCCCAAGGAAAACCACCUUUUAAGGAAAUAGUCUGAGGUUCGUUUGUUUGUGGGUUCUU